AAUGUUGUCACGAAGUCUUGUAAAAGAUGGAAGUGUGUUGUUUAUUGUUAUAACGGAAGAUUUCUCGGCAUUUUACGGCAAGCUUCAAAACAACCUGCCAUUAUCUCAAAGACCAGAUCUAGAUGAAUAUAAUAUGACGAAUCUGCAUUUGAAAUCUGUUAGUUGAUCGAUAAAGCCAGCAGCAACAUGGAAAGAAUUCGCAUGUGACAUGGUAUUCUCGCGCCGGUGGCAGGUUUGAGAUUUUCCUUCAUUAUACGCGGAAAACCGAAGUACAAGAAAAAUGCCGGGGAUCGUUGUCUUUAGACGAAGAUGGAUGGUGGCAAGCGAUGAUUUUGUAAUUCCCUUUACGAUUGCUUUCGUUGUACGGGGAAUAUGGUUGAUAAUACUUGGCGUUUCUAUGAUACUAUUCCACGGCUUCCAACACCAGCACCAUCUGAUCACAAAAGAGGAGAACGUAUGUGAACAGACCGUCGACUACUUCAUUGGUGGUUACCUUGCCCUACUAUUUGCAACCGAAAUCAUGGAACUCUCAGUCGCAUGGAUGAGUGGCAAGGGGUCCUUAAUGGACACAGAGCCACGGAACUUUAUUCCAGCACUUCUGUACGUCCGCCUAAUGUUGUCAAUCAUAGAGGUCGUAUGGCUCGCCAUUGGAGUGAAAUGGAUAUUUUUAGACACACAAGUUUGUCCACUCACUGAUGAGAUUUAUAUUGCAAGGGCAGUGGUGGUUUUUAAUUGGAUGUUUUUGUUUAUUGUGACUGUGAUUAUUCUGUGUACAUUUGAUACUGCUGGAAGGACGUGGUUCGCAAUGCAGCGGGCAAGAGAUGGAGGGCAUGUAUUAGACUCAAUAGACGCCCCAUGUAAAUACCGCACACGGAUCGCUAAAAAGUAUGAAAGCAGAUGGAAGGGCUGCUUCAGAUAUGCUUUCUGCUGCAUUGGCGCUGAGGGCCAGGGUGAUGAAAACGUCUACGCCUUUAUUGGCAGGACACUAGCAGAGUUCUUCCAGGAUUUAGACGUGGUCCCAUCAGACUUUGCUGCAGGCCUGGUGUUGCUAAGGAGACAUCAGAAAUGCGAGGAACACCAGGAGCUGGAAAGAGCUCUUCAGGAGCGACGGGUCCAAGAGAUGACGACAGAUGGAGUUAGAAUGAAGAAGUCAUCGCUGAGGUAUCAGCGAACCAGCAACGCAAGAGUUCUUAACCUGAACAAUAAGGAGGAAUUCUUGCUGUACAAGGAGAUAGCCUACUUCAUGAACCACGCCCUUGCUGCUUACGGAUGGCCCAUCUACAUGAAAAACCACGUGCUUUGUGGCUGUUGCAAAUUGGGAAAAAGCUUUAGAUGCUGUUAUGGCUGUCGUAAUAACGAUAGCAGACUUCACAAAAUCGUACAAGUUGACGAAGACAACUGUUGUCGCUGCCAUUUCUCAGCUUUAAAAAGAAUAGCGGGACUUCACAACACCGACGUCAUCUACGUCAGCUACCAUAACUCGCUGUACAAGUCCCCAUUCUACGUGGCUCUUGAUCACCACAAGAAAGCCGUAGUAGUGGUCAUACGGGGAACUCUCUCGCUGCAGGAUAUUCUAACAGACUUCACCGUUGAACCCGAGCGGAUUCCGGCUGAAGGUGGUGACCCCUCAUGGUUUGGACACAAGGGUAUGGUGCGCUGUGCUGUCUAUAUCCAGAGAAAACUCGAGAAUGACGGGAUUUUACACACUGCUUUCAACGCCGAUCCGGACUGCGGCACCCGCUCCUACCGCCUCGUUCUCCUAGGCCACUCCCUUGGCGCCGGUACUGCCGCUAUCCUGGCCUUCCUCCUGCGGCCCCGCUACCCGGACCUGUUCUGUUACGCCUACUCCCCUCCCGGCGCCAACCUGUCCCUUUCGGCCGCCAAGUACGCCAGGGAUUUCGUCAUCUCCAUCGUUAUCGGCAAGGAUCUCGUCCCGAGGUUGAGUCUAUUCACCCUGGAGGACCUGCGUAACAAGAUCAUGACGCUGAUCACUCGUUCUAGAAUACCCAAGUGGAAAAUCCUGCGUGGCUGCGCAUGUCGUUGUGCGUUCGUCUGCUGUGCAGGCUGCCGCUGUGUCAAUAUUGAAGGUCACCAGCACGAGAUCGAUGGCGAGGUUCAGACCAUCCAGAUCCCCGAGAUCACUCAUUCGAACUCCAUGAGGUUCUUUCCACCCGGCCGCAUCAUGCACGUGGUUAAGACCGUCUCCGUCUCACGAGGGUGUGGUCAAAAGGAGACGAUGUUUGAGCCGGUGUGGGCGGACCUAGAGGACUUCCAGAACAUCAAGAUCUCCGGUCUCAUGUGGAUGGACCACAUGCCGGACUUCGUGCUCGAGGCGCUCAACAAGUGCCUCCCAACCAAGGAACAGGAGCAAAGCAUCAUGAACGGGAGGGGUAUCCCCAUCGGCCACACCCUGGAUGUACCCCAUACGGCGGCGGACUGGUAUUGCGUGAGCAGGAUGGAGGACAGCAUAUCGUACAGGUCGGAUGAUGUGGAGGAGUACUCGGUGGAGGUUCCCGGAUACCCCACGGACACCCCCCCUGGAUCAUCAGUGGUACGGUCCGUAGAAUGCUCUGGAUCCAAGGACUCCCUCAGUGUCGAAUCCCACAGGGCCCCCACCAGAGGCGCAGCGGGUGCGUGCUGCAAGAGACUGUCCCCCCUGGCUCCAUUGGCUCGUCCGGAAAGCGCCAUUGAUGAUUCAGACAUCGAGGAUUCCGGCCCAAACAGAAUCUCUAGCACUUGGAAAGAUUUCAACCUCGCUGUCGUCCCACAAAGCACCGACUGUCUCCUAUCCCCCAAAAGUGGUUCCUCGCCCUGCUCACGAAACCACUCUGGGGAACCAUUCUACGCGCCUAGUCCUACUGUCAGCUACAAGUCUUCGCUCUCCUCGAUGCCAAGGGAAAUUUCCCCAACCCCGGUAGUGGUGGGGACUGUUAUCCCUCCUCCCAAGCCCCCCCGGACGUUUGCUACCGAGGAGACUCGGAUUAUUCCGAUAAGGGUGGAGAACCCGCCCCCGAAGCCUCCACGGACUUACGAAUAUGUGAACUUACAGUCUACAAACGCGAGCGCUCACUCGUUAGACUGGGACUUCCAGAAUGGAAAACCGCUGACCCGAAGUUCUGGGAAACCUUCACAGACGUCAUUUCCGGUGAAUUUUUCCCCCACUUCCCCGGGGCCUACAUCUUCUGUGGGUCAUUCAUUAGGUUUCAAUUCAACUUAUUCUCGAACGAUUGCUCCUACACAGGAUGGCUACCGAGAAACUGUAUUGAUUUCCGGUAUCGGGGAUUCUGGUGAUGUCCUAGAGAACCGAACAGUUCCAGCAAAUACCGUAGACAACCUGCAAUUUAGUAGUAGUCCAUCUACUACCGCAGAGUCUCGGGUGUUUAGCAGCUCAUCAAAUACCGUAGAGUCCGGUUUCGUUAACGGAUUAAACACCGUAGAGACUCGCACAUUUGGUUCGUCAUCGAGCCACGCCACUACGACAUUUAGCUACACCGUAAGCGACACUCAGGUCACGUAUUUACAAGAUAAAGCCUCGGUGACGAAGCUGACAAAUGGACGGGAAGAUCCCACAUUUUCGAUAAGCCCAUUAUACGGUAUGAGCUUUGAAAAUUUGGCACAUGGUAUUUGUGAUAUGACCGCUGACACUAGAUCCAUGCCCGCAGUCAACGGAGGUCCGUCGUUAGAAAGUUUGAAUAAAAGCCCGUUUAGAGAUGCGAUUUAUCGGAGAAGCAAAUUAUACGACCACGGGCCCGUAUAUCGACCCCCGCUACCGGGGACUUAUUGCACAUCGGAUGAAAAACUUACUGAUAGGGAGAAGAAACUUCAGAAAAGCGCGAGUUUGUCGCACGAUACGACUCAAGUAGUGACGAGAAGGACACAUGGAAAUCGCAAUCGUAACAAGAGACAUGCGAUUUAUUUCGACAGCGACGAAACAUCGAACUUGCUUCAGUACUCGUGUUCGUGCUCCGAUAUUCCUGAUCGACCACCUGGGAGCCCUGUGGAAAAGAACAAAAGAGGAGAGCUGGAACAAGGACUUCUUGAAUCGUUCAUAUAACCCUUAACUAUUAGCUGUCGUUAAUAUACCGUUUUCACGAUGUUGCGCGCGCGUCCAAAAUGCCACAGACUGGCGGACCAUAGCUGAUCCAAAACAAUGCGGACAAAGGGGAAUUUGACUCUAACGCCAAAACUCUGCAAAAGAAGCACACUGGCAGCUUUUUCUAUAGCUUCGUCUGUAAACUCCACUUUGUACGCCGUUGUAGAUCAUCUGUGGAUGCGCGCGCAACAUCGCGAAAACGAUCUGUUGAAACACGAAAAAGCCUCAUGAGACCGGAGAUGCAAAGUAUUAGGAACCACUCUCUUCUCUCAUGCAAUAACGAAAAUACGUCCAAAUUCGGUUGGUGUUAUAUAGGCAGUUGUUGUCUUACAAAUACGUUUUUUUUCUGAAAUGUUCUGUGGUAUUACACAGGUUUACAGCGCAUGUGCAAAGUUCUUAUAAAAAGAGGUUUUUUAUACUGUGAAAAACAGUCAUGGGUACUAAAUUAAGUUAUUGAGUCUAAAUUCCAUAGUUGGGUUUUACAGGUCUUUCUAAGUUCAUGUACAUAAAGAUUUAGAAUUAGAGUCAAAGCGUUAGAAUUAUAAUCGGGUAUAUGUGUUAGUUAAUACGGGGGUUGAAUAAUUUUCACGCUAAAAUUAAAGUUUAUAAAUAAUAUUUAUCUUUUAACUGUAAUCUUUUAUUGUUAGUUUUAGUCUAAGUAAAUAUUAUUUGAUAUAUUUAUGUAACAUAUUUCAAAUGCAGGCAAAUGCAGAGAUGGGGUAUACCCCCCUGCCCUCCUCCCCUAAUGCUUACAAAAAAGAGAUAAAAAAAUAACCAGUAUAAACCCCCAUUAUUUCGCAGGCCUGCUAAAGACCUAAAUUCAAUAUGGCAAAGGUUUACAAUAAUAUAUGUACAGUUUUUGUUACGGAUGUUUUAUCAGAUUAAAAGUCAGAACACUCAAAA